AUGUUAAAGCGGAAGCGGGCCGUUCUCGUUAUAGACCCCGAGGAUCUAUCCGACGGUAGGUCUGAUUCGGAUUCGGUACACACCGACUCGUCAGGCCGGGAUUUUCGCUCACGCGACGGUGACGAGGCUGGCGGCACGUCAUCUCGCUACUUUUUUCAGCAAGAGCCUCAACGACGGAAGUGCGACGUUGACGUUUCGCGGGAAGCUGACGGCUGUGCGAAAUCAUACAGGGAUGUCCGUUUCGAGGAGAUUGGCAAUCGUUCGAACGUCAUCGCCAGGCCUAACGAGGACUCAAACGACAGGAAGAAGAGAAGUGGAGCGAUUAGCGCGAAUAAUGCGAGUGAAGCGAUUGAGCCAAUUAAAGUAGGAGGAAGGAAGGUACUGGCGGUCCAGUUGGCGGGAGGAGAAGACGCCACGCCGCCACAGGCGGAAAUGGACGACCUGGAUGCGAUCGCGGCGGACCUCCCUUGCGACACGCUUGCAGCCGUUCAUUUCCUUCGCGCCUCCUUCCCCACAUCACUCUCCAAGGUCGCGUCCUCUCUCCCUCCCUUCGCCCUGCUCUCCCAAAUCUACACCGUGGUACCGCACCGCACCACUGUGGACCGACAGCUCGAGAUGCUUCAGAGGAGUGGGUCGGUGCGCGUGAUUCGCCUUAUGUCAUCUCGAACCGACAUUGCUGUGCUGCUGUCUCAGGACUAUAACCAAGUGGUUGAGGCUGCCAAGCAACAGUUUUUUCGGCACACGUGCAGAAGUGCUGGUGGUGACUCGCCUCUUCCAGCACAGAAGGGUGCUAGCAGCAGCAGAAAGGGCAACAGCGGUGACGGCACCAAGUCCAGCAGCAGAGAGGGUAACAGCUAUGGCGGUACCAAGUCCAGCAGCAGAGAGGGUAACAGCAGUGACGGUACCAAGUUUAGCAGCAGAGAGGACAGGCAGGAGAAUGGCAAGCACAGGCGCAAUUGCGGUAGUGGUGGAACUGAGAGCAGCCAGGUGGCGGUGUUUGAUUGGUUCAAAGACCGGGUGCUUCCACAGUGUACGGAGCAUGGCAUAUCAAGGCAACAGCUGAAACACCUUCUAUCGAAUGCUGGCAAAUCAAGCAUCACAGACAGACACGUCUGCAUUCUUGUGCAAGCAGGGCUGCUGGUUGCACAGGUGGCACAUGUGGAUUCGUACUGGCUCUCGCUUCCUAAUAUUGGCUCAUUUACUCAGCAUCUUACCAAGGGGCGCUCUAAGAUCGUUGGGUUGUUACAGCGCAGCAGGUUUGGUGAGAUGUUAAAAUCAAAGCUGGAGGUCCAAAAGAAGCACAAAGAUGUCAUUCCUGUCUCCUUUAUACUUCGGGACCUUAUGGGCCAAGCCUGUGUCUUUGCGAAUCCGUCAUCGAGUCCAACUUUUGACUUUCAGUUCGCUGGUCCUUUGUUAUUCGUUCACCUGCCGUGCGUUAUCGAAUUGCCACGACAACAGCUGAGCAUCAUGGGAAUCCGUAAAGUGGCCGUCUUGGCCGCUCCGCUCCCCUUACUCUCCCUCCUCCUUGCCAUCCUCACCUCGCAAGCUUCGGCACGAGGCCUUCAACUGCGACACGACUGGUCCGCGAUGUUUAGAGGUUCGGCGAAACCAGUCGCACGCCAUCGCGACGACGAGCCGGACUGGGAGGGCCUUGUCAUUCCGCGACGAAUGUUACAACUCGCAACGACUUUGGCGACGGAAACGCCUGAACACAAAGCCGCGCGAAUGGCUGCGAAGAAGGCGCAGAAGGAGGAGCAGCAGAAGCGGCAUGCGGCCAUGCAGGCAGCGAGGGAUAAGAAGAAGGAAGAGCAGGAAGAGCGUAAAGAGGCGAAAGCUGCGAGGGAUGCAGCGAAAAAAUCCAAGUCGCCUUCGCCACCAAAACCACCCAAGUCGCCGAAGUCGCCGAACAAAUCGCCUCCCAAGAAAUCGCCAUCUCCCUCUCCUGUACCGCCUAAGAAGUCUCCGUCACCGUCUCCUCCGAAAUCUCCGAAACCGACAACACCCACUCCGUCCACGCCAAAGCCGACUACUCCGUCAACCCCGUCAACUCCGUCGACGCCGUCAAAGGGUUCCGUCAACCCUGCUGACGUGUCUGUCAUCGCGAAUCUCCAGGCGGCGGCAACUUUAACGGCGGACGCGGCCGACCUUCUGACGCCCAAAAACCAGUACUACGCGAAUCUGAAGAGCACCGAGCAGGCUCUUCAGAACGCGGUGAUACUAAUCAACCAGGGGCAGCGCGCGCUUGUGACGACGCAGAUUGACAACUCCGUCGCGACGCUUAACGGCGUGUCGGUGAUGCUUAACAAAGUGACGUACAAAGACGCGUUGGACCUUAUUAAUCAGGCGAAAACCAAGGCUACUACUGCCAAGACAGACUUCAAGCCGUGA